UCACAAAACUGCUUCCAUUGAUGCCAAACUUCUUUUUUUUAAAGAUAUUUCUGCUAUGAACUUAAAUCAUAAGGAAUAAACUCCUCCCUCUCGAGUUGCUCUUCUGUCAAGUAAAAAAAAAAAAAAAGGAGAAGAAACGUGCACGGAGAGGAGGACCCUGCUUCCGAUGUGGAGUCGUGGAAGUUGACGAUGGGAUUACCGGCUCUUAAACAUUCACGUUUACACUCGCAAAACAAAUGAAAGUGCAACGAGGUCUCCGUGAGCAGGUCCGACUCACUGACUGAUGGAAAUAGAGAAGAGGAAGAAAGAAAGAAGAAAAGCUCAAGCAGAAAGCGCCAUGCACUGGCGGAGCAGCGCGUAACGCUUCUUUUUAUUGUUUUGUUUCACUUCUUUUUAUUUCUUGGGUGAAAUGUAGUUUAUCGCCCGCUUUUUUGUUUGUUUUGUUUGGACCAUGUAGGAAGUGUUCGUGCUUUGCGUGUAGUAUGUGAUCGAGUCCGAUAUGUCUAAUGUGACGCCGAGUAAAAGCGUGGAAUGGCUGCAGCUCCAGUUGGAGUCCGGCGGCGCUUCUCCUUCGCCGCUGCUGCUGGACUGCCGCCCGCACGAGCUCUACGAGUCGUCGCACAUCGAGAGCGCCAUGAACCUGGCCAUACCGGGGCUGAUGCUCCGCCGGUUCAAGAAGGGCAACAUACCGAUACGGACCAUCAUCCCCAACCACGAGGACAAGGAGAAGUUCAUCCGGCGGUGCAAGUCGGACACGGUGCUGCUGUACGACGAGUGCACGGCGGACUGGCAGGACAGCGGCGCUCCGGCGUCCGUCUUGGGUCUACUUCUUCAAAAGCUGUGGGAGGACGGCUGCCGGGCGUAUUACCUGGAAGGUGGAUUUGUAAAGUUUCACACAGAGUACCCGGAGCACUGUGAGACCCUCCUGGACAGCUCCUGUCCCAGCUCCUCUCCUCCGCUGUCGGUCCUGGGUUUUGGAAAUCUCCGGAUCAGCUCGGAUUGUUCCGACGGGGAGUCCGAUCGAGAGCCGAGCAGCGCCACGGAGUCCGAGGAGAGCCCCGUGCCCAGCAACCAGCCGGCCUUCCCCGUCCAGAUCCUACCCUACCUUUACCUGGGCUGCGCCAAAGACUCCACCAACCUGGACGUGCUGGGCCAGUACAACAUCAAGUACAUCCUGAACGUCACACCCAAUCUCCCCAACAUGUUUGAGCACGACGGACACUUCAGGUACAAACAGAUCCCCAUUUCGGACCACUGGAGCCAGAACUUGUCCCAGUUCUUCCCAGAGGCCAUAUCAUUUAUAGAUGAAGCUCGGUCCAAGCAGUGCGGCAUCCUGGUCCACUGCCUGGCCGGCAUCAGCCGCUCCGUCACGGUCACCGUGGCCUACCUGAUGCAGAGGCUCAACCUCUCGCUCAACGACGCCUACGACUUCGUCAAGAGGAAGAAGUCCAACAUUUCCCCGAACUUCAACUUCAUGGGUCAGCUCCUGGACUUCGAGCGGACGCUGGGGCUGCACAGCCCCUGCGACAACCGCUCCACCGGCGAGGAGCAGCUCUUCUUCACCACGCCGACCAAUCACAACGUCUUCCAGCUCGACACGCUGGAGUCGACAUGAGCGGCGAUCGGAUUUGGCUUUUGUCGUCUCCUGAGGGGGGUUUUUUUCCCGAAGAAGCAGCUCGGUCGCGGUAUUCCUGAACCAAAAUGAGCGAUGAUCCGUCGAAGGAACGGAGGACGCGAUCCUUUCCACCCAGCCGGCCUUAAUUUCUAACGCGGCGGUGACAUGGCAUUAAUCAAGAGCAGAACAUUUCAUAACCUUUCUAUUCAAUCUAGGAUUGUUUGACUGUUAUUCGUUGUUCACCAGCUGUAAAAGCGGAUCUUGAUGUUUCCAUUUAUUGCCUUUGAUGCUCUAGGCCAAUCGGGAGUGGGGUUUUCUUCUGGGGGACCGAUCGGAUUGUUUGAGAGAAUUAAGCUACGACGGCGAUCCGGCCUUGAAAUAUCGUCCAGUUUUUCUUCGGAUGACUGGUUGCAGCAGAAUGGCGUUGCCACGGAGAGCGUUUCCUCUGUUGUCGUGUAAGCGGCGUGACGUUGAGACGGUUCGGGGAGAUCCCGCGGCCGCUCGCCGUUCAAAAUAUCAAAGUUAGAAAACAUUAAUCUCCAGAAACGCCCCCUGUAUACAUUCGAUCUCUUACAAAUGCAUUAUUUGCAUGUGCUUACGUUCCACCGAGAACCUUGUUUUGUAACCUCUGGGUCAUAUUUCCUGUUGUUGUUGUUGUUGUUGAGGCUGUCAGCCGUCCUCCGGUCUCUGAAACGAGCGAGCGCGCGAAACGAAAGAGGGAACGAAAGAAGACGAGUUUGACAAAAUGUGUUCUUACCUCACAGAGACAUUUUCAGGGAUUAUCAUUAUUAUUAUUAUUUGGUUUUUUAUACCGGUCAUCUGCGUCUCGUCACGGGCUCUCAAAGUGACCCGGGGGCCGUUUCGGUCUGUUUGUAAAGAUGUGCAUAAAAUGCGGUCGCUGCGGGGGACAUUUUUUUCUUCUUUUUAAAAUCAUGAAGGAUGUGAAAGUGUUCUGACCCGUUUGUAAAGUGUUUGUAAAGCUAAAGAUGUCCAAGACAUUCUGUACAAGUUCAUACAACAAAUAUAUUGUAUAUUUUUACUUGAAAAUG